AUGAGGCAAAAUUAUUCUGUUGGAAUAACUGUGUGUAGGGCAUGGAAAGCUAAGUUGAUUGCAAAGAAAAUCAUUGAAGGAGAUGCAUACAAGGAAUAUGCAAAUUUGUGGAGGUAUGCAACUGAGUUGCAUAGGGUUAAUCAUGAAAAUACUGUGAAGAUCAACAUAGAGAGGCCUUUACCUACAAUCCAACCAAGGUUUGGGUCUUUUUAUUUCUGUUUUGAUGGGUGUAAAAAAAGGAUUAUAAAUGGGUGUAGACCCUUCAUUGGGGUAGAUGGCUGCCAUUUGAAAACAAAGUAUGGAGGUCAACUUUUGAUUGCUGUUGGAAGAGACCCAAAUGACCAAUACUUCCCCUUGGCAUUUGGAGUGGUGGAAACAGAAACCAAGGAAUCAUGGAGGUGGUUUAUAACAUUGCUAAUGGAAGAUAUUGGGCAAGAUAACAGAUAUGUGUUUAUUUCAAAUCAGCAAAAGGGACUGGUUGCAGUCUUUGAAGAAAUGUUUGAAAGAAUUGAACAUAGGUUAUGUUUGAGGCACUUAUAUGCCAAUUUUAAGAAGUUUGGUGGUGGAGCAUUGAUAAGAGACUUAAUGAUGGGAGCAGCCAAGGUAACCUACCAACAAGCAUGGACAUUGAAGAUGAAUGAGUUGAAGGCUAUAGAUCCAAAGGCUUGGACAUGGCUAAUGGCAGUUCCUACUAAAUCUUGGUGUAAGCAUGCUUUUUCAUUCUAUCCUUGGUGUGAUGUACUUAUGAAUAACAUAGCUGAGUCUUUUAAUGCCACUAUUUUAAUUGCUAGAGAUAAACCUAUUUUGACUAUGUGCGAAUGGAUUAGAAAAUAUCUGAUGAAUAGGUGUAGUACUUCUACAUUGAAACUAGACAAGUGGUCACACAAAGUGAUGCUUAGGAAAAGACUAGAUAAUGAGGUAGCUAUGAGUGGACAUUGGUUGCCAACCUGGGCUAUGGAAGAAAAAUUUCAGGUCACUCAUGCUUAUAAUAGACAAGAGUUCAUUAUUGACAUUGCUAAAAAGUCUUGCACAUGUAAUUUUUGGGAAGUAAUAGACAUUCCAUGUAGACAUGCUGUUGGUGCAUUAAGGUUUAGGCAGCAGAACCCAGAGGAUUUUGUUCAUGAGUAUUACACAAGAGACAAGUAUGCCAAGUGCUAUGGAUGUGCUAUUAGUCCCGUUAAUGGAACUGACAUGUGGUCUGAGGUUGAAUGUGAAGAACUCUUACCUCCUAAUUACAAAAAGGGACCUAGUAGGCUAAGGAAGCUAAGAAUUAGAGAAAGUGGUGAAGAAGGAGCUAGAAGAAGGUUAUCUGGUGUAUCUUAUAGAUGCACUAAGUGUGAUAAAGUGGGACAUAAUGUGAAGUCAUGCAAGCGCAAAAGACAAGAUCCAAAUGCAUUGAAUAGAAAGAGAAUAAGACCAAAUGCAAGUGAGGAAAGUGGUGCAAGUCAAGAGGCUGCUACAAACAAUACUGGAAGCCAUACUGGUACAGUAAAUGAAGAAAGCAAGACUGAUACAUUGUUUGGGGAUAUCACUGAUGACAUGAUAAGUAGCCUACCAUACAUUCAUUCUAAUGUUCCAAGUCAGGCCUCAACAUCUAACAUGAACAAGGGUAAGAGAAAGAUGGUUGUCAAACCAAUUAAAAGGAUAAGGGUAAGUGAGAGGAUAAAGGAGAACUGGUUCAAAAAACCUAAACCUUUCACAGGUCCUGGUUCUGACCCUGAGCAACCAAUAUGCAUGGACAUCAAGGAAGAAGAAGCAUCAAAGAAGACUACUAAGAAGGCAGCCAAGACUACUCCUAAGAAGGCAUCAAAGAAUACUCCAAAGAAGACUACUCCAAAGAAGGCUACUCCGAAAAAGAAGUAG